CGUGCAGUGUUGUUGGGGGCGGAUGGAGGGGAGAGAGGGACCCACUUUCUCCAAGGUCAUCCAGCUACUCAAGGACCCAGGUUCCCUUGCUUUUUGGUCCGGUGCCCUUUCCACGCCCGCCAGAGAGGAGGAAGCGGCGCGCUCAUGGGGAUGCAAGGAUGUAGAGGAGCACAGGGAGAGAAGAGGCCGCGGGAAGAGAGGUGGUGCGAGACCCGCGGAGGCGCCGGCCAAGGAAGGGCGCAUGGCGAGGAGGCGCGCGGCGCGACCGGCCGGGUGCUGGCCAUUCAGGCCCGAAAGCGGAGGCCGAAAAGAGAGAAACAUCCGAAAAAAAAUCAAGCAGAAGAUUGAGCUGCUGAUGUCAGUUAACUCUGAGAAGUCGUCCUCUUCAGAAAGGCCGGAGCCUCAACAGAAAGCUCCUUUAGUUCCUCCUCCUCCUCCUCCACCACCACCGCCGCCACCACUGCCUGACCCAACGCCCCCAGAGCCAGAGGAGGAGAUUCUGGGAUCAGAUGAUGAGGAACAGGAGGACCCUGCAGAUUACUGUAAAGGUGGCUAUCAUCCUGUAAAAAUUGGAGACCUCUUCAAUGGUCGGUAUCAUGUUAUUAGAAAGCUAGGAUGGGGACACUUUUCUACAGUCUGGCUGUGCUGGGAUAUGCAGGGGAAAAGGUUUGUUGCAAUGAAAGUUGUAAAAAGUGCCCAGCAUUAUACAGAGACGGCUUUGGAUGAAAUAAAAUUGCUCAAAUGUGUUCGAGAAAGUGAUCCCAGUGAUCCAAACAAAGACAUGGUGGUCCAGCUCAUUGAUGACUUCAAGAUCUCAGGAAUGAAUGGGAUACAUGUCUGUAUGGUCUUCGAAGUGCUUGGCCAUCAUUUACUUAAGUGGAUCAUCAAAUCCAACUAUCAAGGUCUCCCAGUACGUUGUGUGAAGAGUAUCAUUCGACAGGUCCUUCAAGGGUUAGAUUAUCUACACAGUAAAUGCAAGAUAAUUCAUACUGACAUAAAGCCGGAAAACAUCUUGAUGUGCGUGGAUGAUGCCUAUGUGAGAAGAAUGGCAGCAGAGGCCACUGAGUGGCAGAAAGCAGGCGCUCCUCCUCCUUCCGGGUCUGCAGUGAGUACUGCUCCGCAGCAAAAGCCUAUAGGAAAAAUAUCCAAAAACAAAAAGAAAAAGCUGAAAAAGAAGCAGAAGAGGCAGGCUGAGUUACUGGAAAAACGCCUGCAGGAGAUUGAGGAACUGGAGCGGGAAGCUGAAAGGAGGAUAACAGAGGAGAGCAUCACCUCCGCUGCGCCUCCCAAUGAGCAAGAUGACUAUUAUAGCCCGGAGGUGAAACUAAAAGCAGCAGGAUUAGAAGAGGCAGCAGAAGAGACAGCAAAGGACAACGGUGAAGCUGAGGACCAGGAAGAGAAAGAGGAUGCAGAGAAAGAAAAUGCUGAAAAAGAUGAAGACGAUGUUGAACAGGAGCUGGCGAACAUAGACCCUACAUGGAUUGAGUCCCCUAAAACCAAUGGCCAUAUUGAAAAUGGCCCCUUCAUACUGGAACAGCAGCUGGAGGAUGAGGAGGAUGAUGAAGAUGACUGCCCAAAUCCUGAGGAAUAUAACCUUGACGAGCCUAAUGCAGAAAGCGAUUACACAUAUAGCAGCUCCUAUGAACAAUUCAAUGGUGAAUUGCCAAAUGGACAACAUAAGAUUCCAGAAUCACAGUUUGCAGAGUUUUCCACCUCAUUGUUCUCUGGGCCAUUAGAACCUGUGGCCUGUGGCUCUGUGCUCUCAGAGGGCUCUCCACUUACUGAGCAAGAAGAAAGUAGUCCAUCUCAUGACAGAAGCAGGACAGUUUCAGCCUCCAGUACUGGGGAUUUGCCAAAAACAAAAACCCGGGCUGCUGAUCUGUUGGUGAAUCCCCUGGAUCCACGCAAUGCAGAUAAAAUUAGAGUAAAAAUUGCUGACCUGGGAAAUGCUUGUUGGGUGCAUAAACACUUCACAGAGGACAUCCAGACACGUCAGUAUAGAUCCAUAGAGGUCUUAAUAGGAGCAGGCUACAGCACACCUGCAGACAUUUGGAGUACAGCAUGCAUGGCUUUUGAGCUGGCCACAGGAGAUUAUUUGUUCGAGCCGCAUUCUGGGGAAGACUACUCCAGAGACGAAGACCACAUAGCCCACAUCAUAGAGCUGCUAGGCAGUAUCCCAAGGCACUUUGCUCUAUCUGGAAAAUAUUCUCGGGAAUUCUUCAAUCGCAGAGAUCACAUAGCAUUGAUCAUUGAGCUGCUGGGGAAAGUCCCAAGAAAGUACGCUAUGUUGGGGAAAUACUCCAAGGAGUUUUUCACAAGAAAAGGAGAACUGCGGCACAUCACCAAGCUGAAGCCCUGGAGCCUCUUUGAUGUACUUGUGGAAAAGUAUGGCUGGCCCCAUGAAGAUGCUGCCCAGUUUACAGAUUUCCUGAUCCCAAUGCUAGAAAUGGUUCCUGAAAAGCGAGCCUCAGCUGGCGAAUGCCUUCGACAUCCUUGGUUGAAUUCUUAGCAGAUUCUACAAAAUGUAGCAUUGUGAGCUAGCAAACAUUCCCCAGUACAUUGGACCUAAGCGGUGGCUCGCAUUCUGUAACAGGAUUACCGAGAGCUGGCUUCACCCUCAGACCUUUGUUUGCUUUGAGGUACUGUUGAUUGACACUUUGCUUUUUGUGCACCAUGAUCCUGGGGAAGGGUAGUCUUGUCUUGAGCUAAGUAGUUUACUGACCAUUUUCUUCUGGAAACAAUAACAUGUCUCUAAGCAUUGUUUCUUGUGUUGUGACAUUCAAAUGUCAUUUUUUUUUCAAUGAAAAAAAAAAAAAACUUUCUCCUUUGUGUUUUGGCAGGUUUUGUAACUAUUUAUGAAGAAAUAUUUUAGCUGAGUAUUAUAUAAUUUACAAUCUUAAGAAAUUAUCAGUUGGAACCAAGAAAUAGCAAGGAAAUGUACAAUUUUAUCUUCUGGCAAAGGGACAUCAUUCCUGUAUUAUAGUGUAUGUAAAUGCACCCUUGUAAAUGUUAAUUUCCAUAAAUACGGGAAGGGGACUCAAAUUUUCAGAAAAGCUACCAAAUCCUGAGUGCUUUAUAGCCUAAGUUGCAUGUAGCAGACUUUCACUGCUCCAAGAGUUUAUGUAAACUUUUCAUUCCAUAAGUUCCAUUCACAUUGGAUUUUAAAUAAAAUGGCUCUGUCAUGCCCUAUAUGGCACUUUAAAGAAGAAAGGACAUGCUUCUCAUUUUAAAAUAUACAUAACUUAAGCAGUCUCAUUUGUAUUUUUGCAUAUUUUUAAAACUUAAAGAGUGGUUUUCCCUUAAAAGUGUGAUGGCCCAGUACCAUGUAGUGCUACUUCCUGCAGGCACUCUAAGUCAGAUACAUAGAUUAAAUUGAGCAAAAGAAACAUGUUAAGUGUGUGGAAUGAAAAAAUAUAUAUUUUUUGGAAAAGCAUGAUCGUGUUUGUCUAAGACACAAGCUGUGGUAAAUACCAUUCUUAGCUCGGUGGCAGGAUACUCAUAGCUCAAAGGAAAGUGACCAUUCAUUCCAUAGGCAGCUCAGCUUUGUGUGUUGGCUACAGCAAUUUUACUUGCCUCUUCAUGUCUUUCCAUGAAUGAGGAAAUCACUUCCCCUUUGCAGGUUGCACAAUUUUUGUUUAAGCAUUUCCUUAAAAUUAAUUGUAGAAUCCAGGACACAAACCAUUCGUUAGUAGGCAAUACCAUUUUAGGAUGUAACCUAUAGAGGUAUAUUUAGCCUCUUAGAAGUCAGUGGAUUUGAAUGUCUUAUUUUACAUUAAGGUGCCUCGUUUUUCUUGACAUUGUCCAUUAACAUUUAUCCAUAUGCCUUUGCAAUAACUAGAUUGUGAAAAGCUAACAAGUGUUGUAACAAUAAUCCAUUGUUUGGGGUGCUUGCAGUUGUCUUAAAAAUUAAAGUGUUUUGGGUUGUUUUUCCAGA